AUGGAAGACACUGAGAGAAGAGCGACACAUGUUAGCAGCAGCGAGACAAAGCGGGAAGGUUUCGUACUGCAAGAUAAAUACAAGGACUAUGACAUUCAAAAAACAAAGCGCUGUGGCAGGUCAACUGAUGUUGACGAAUCCCUCAUGCGAGAACUUGUGGAAGAAGAUCAGUAUGCAACUAUACGAGAGCUUGCUGAAGAGUUACACGUUAGUGCCAUGUCCAUCAGUCGCGCUAUGCAUCUCAUAAACUUAACGUACAAGUUCAAUCGCUGGGUGCCGCAUGAGCUGACAAGGGCAGAAGUGUUCAGAGUAGAAAUUAAUCUGCUCGAAUAUCAAAACAAGAAUAAAAUUCUGGACCAGACAGUCAUUUGUGAUGGAAAGUGA